UGAUGAUCACUAUGUGAUCCACAUACGUUGAACACUAAAACCAAUCUCCAUCAUGGGGUAUCUUAAACAUUCAUAAUUUUCUCAUCCAUUGAACCUAUGAUAAAUUUCCACACAUAGCCAAGACUAGCUACAUUGUUAGCUCAAUAUAAAAGGCCAAUUCAAGCUAAGAGCGUGACACAAUGGAGGACUUAAAGGAAAUGGUAAAGGAAGAAGAACCAAAGCAAAUAAAGUAUAGAGGAGUACGAAGGAGGCCAUGGGGAAAGUUUGCAGCAGAGAUUAGAGACUCAAGUAGACAUGGAAAUCGUGUGUGGCUUGGGACAUUUAACACUGCUGAGGAGGCUGCAAGAGCUUAUGAUCGUGCUGCCUUUGAGAUGAGAGGUACUUUGGCCAUUCUCAACUUCCCAAAUGAACACCCUCCAUGCAAUGUGCCUUCUCUUGGCAAGUCCUCAUCAUCUAGAACUCAGCAUCAAGUUGUAGUGUUUGAGUGUUUGGAUGACAAAUUGCUAGAGGAACUCCUUGAUUGUGAUGACAAAAUCAUCCAUGAAAACUUUUGAUAAAUAGGAAGAUAUAUAUAUGGUUCAAUUUUGUAAAUAUAAAAAAUUAUGUAACACUUUUGUUAAAUUAAAUAUUCUAAAAUUUA